AUGGCUGCUCCUCGUUCAACCUCGCUUCGCGCUCUUCGUCUGCUCUCCCAGCAGCAUACCUUCUCUCCUGCCUACCGUCGAGGUCUACACAUCACUGGCGCCCACUCUGCUCAGCCUGCCAAUGUCUCAGAUAAAUCGACCUUGUACUCGACUCGCAACCUGGCCGACCUCAAGAGCGAGUGCCAAAAGCGCUCUUUGAGGGCCACUGGUACUCAUGCAGAGCUCGUGGAACGUCUUUCCAACCAUGAUUUCCUGCAGUCCCGUGCAUUCAGCAUUGCCAUGAGGAGGAUUAACAGCAGCUCCAAGCCAGAUGCUCCCAGCCGCACGUUCAACACCUCCCGCUCCCUCAAAGCCGUCAAUGACUCGUCUACCGUCGACUUUGCCUACAUGCCCUCAAUCGCGGAGACCAACAAUGCCUCGCGGGAGAUGCCCGUUCCGAUCCUUCCCGAGAUGCACACCCACUUAGAGUCAUCUGGGUCCUCGGAAUCCCCGAUGAAGCCCCAGGUUUACACUGUCUCCGGUGACGGGGUCAACGUCUCCGCAAGCCCAAUGUCCGAGGUUGUCGACAAUGAUUCCGUUGAGAUCGACCCGUUCUCGUUAACCGAAGCCGUCGGGAAAUCGAGAUAUGCUGCCGAACUCAAGAGCCAACAGCAACAGAGUGAAACCAAAUCCGUUGCCUCGGAACUUUGGAACGGGCUUCUGGAUGAUCUCUUAGGUCCUAAGCAGCAGAGUCCCCUGCGGAAGUGA